ACUAACGAGGAUGACCUUAUCCAAUGGGCAUGAAAGAAAAUAAUGCAAAGCAAACAGUACAAAGUCAAACUGAACUUUGACUGAUCCAAACAGACAAGCUUCUUUUAGUGCCUGGAUUAUACAAUUUAAGUGAGGAAUGACUGCAACCAGACUGCUAAUUCAAGAGACCUGCCACAAAACAAACAAAGAGCUAAGAAUACUCUUACCCUGAUGAUGGGUAGCCUUCUCUCAGACUUGGUUCAGUAUCGGAAACUAUUUCUAAUGAUUUUUGUAUUGGGAAUUGGUGGAACUUUCUCAUAUGGCUUCCAAGUUUCUAUGAUCAGCUAUCCUUCCAUGUACAUCAAGAACUUCAUCAAUGACACCUGGCAAGAGCGAUACCACUCUGUCAUCGAUGAGCAGACUCUCACAUUACUAUGGUCUUUCAUUGUCUCUACCUUUAGCAUUGGGGGAUUCUUGGGAUCCAUCAGUUCAGGAUACCUGUCUGCAAAAUAUGGAAAAAAGAAAUGUCUAACGUUCAAUAAUCUGCUCCUGAUAGCAGCUGCAUUUUUCUGGGGCUUCAGUAAGAUAGCAAAGUCCUUUGAGAUGAUUUUGAUUGGACGUUUCCUUUGUGGUUUAUAUACAGGUUUGAGUUGCUGUUUACAUGGACAAUAUUUGGCAGAAAUUUCCCCUAAGAAGCUGCGUGGAUUUACAACUGCCACUCUCUCUCUUUUUGUAAACAUGGGGAAAUGCUUAGGGCAAAUUGCAGGACUAAGUGAACUUUUAGGAACUGAAUCCUUGUGGCCUUUACUGAUGGCUAUCGGUGGAAUCACAGCAUUGGUGCAGCUGGUCACUCUCCCAUUCUUCCCUGAAUCUCCACCCUACCUCCUGAUGCAAAAGGGAGAUAUGGAAGGCUGCCAGGAAGCUUUGAAGCAUCUUUGGGGUGAAGGGAAUCAUCAAGGAGCAAUUGAUGAUAUGGUGAAGGAGCAGGCUACAAUGAAAAAAAUCAAACCCAUGAAUGUCCUGGAACUCCUAAAAGACCGAUCCUUGCGAUGUCAGUUGUGUUUAUUGAUCAUCAUUGGUGUUACCUUACAGCUUAAUGGUAUCAAUGCAAUCUAUUUCUACGCCUUUGAUGUGUUCCAUACAGCUGGAUUUACUCAAGAUCGUAUCCCCUACAUAACUCUGGGAACUGGGACCUGUGAGUUCUGCGCUGCCAUAAUGUGUAGCCUCAUCAUUGAUAAGUUUGGCAGAAGGAUGCUGCUGUUGUGGGGAUAUGGACUGAUGGCUUUGAUACUCGUGCUCCUCACAACAGCUCUCUCCCUGCAGCAUCAGUUCUUCUGGAUGCCCUACUGCAGUGUUGCUCUGAUUUUCCUGUUCAUUAUCAUCUUUGCAACUGGACCAGCUGGAGCUUCAUUCCCAAUCAUGGUUGAACUCUUCACCCAGUCAUCCAGAUCAUCCGCAUUAGUGAUCUCCACGUCUCUACACUGGGUAGGACUCUAUGUGAUUGGGAUGAUUUUCCCAUACGUAGUGGAAAGCCUCGGUACCUUCAGCUUCCUCAUUUUUGUGGGCUUCAUUUCGAUCGCAUGGAUUCUCAUCUACAGGUUCCUUCCAGAAACAAAAGGCAAAUCAGUCAUGGAAAUCAAAGAGGAAUUCAGUAAUUUAAAUGUCAAGAAGAAAUGUGCCCAGGCCAUGGGAGAGAAUCCCUCUGACAAAUGUACCAAGUUAUGACUGGACAGAAGAGGAGUAAUUUCUUAAAGGGACAGAAAAUGGUGUCACACACAAAUGAAUAUUUAAAAAAAGAGUGUUAGCUUUAAUAUUUUACUCCUAUUAUUCUAUAUUCCAUAUUCAUUUCUUCAUGCAAACAGACUUCAUAGAAGAUCACCCCAUGUGAUUCUAUAAUACAAGUGUCUUUCAGUAUCUAAUGGACACCAUCACCAGUUACAUAGUAAUGUGCAUUUCAUGUUAAGAUUCCAGUUUACAAAAAAAAACAAAUCAGAUGUGUACUUGCAUACUUUGAAAGUCACCCAAACCUUAUUUCUGCCCAUGUAAGGACACUAAGACAAUUUGGCUUUGCAAUAAAUACACAUUAUAGAUAAUAAAUAAGACGGUUUAUAUGCCUGAAUUUGUUGCCCUGUUGGUCACUUUGACUGUGCUGUCCUAUGGCUCAGUAACCAUGUCGAUGGAGCACACUUUCAUCUCAAAUGGGUAACUCAUAAACAACACUGAAUCUGAGAGUCAAAUGAUGUUAAAACCAACAGAAUAUCACUUACAUUUGUAUUCCUGAAGUAUCAUCAUUUUUCCUGUCCUACAAUUCAGGUUGGACUGGGUCAGACACAACUGUUUGCUUAUGCACUUAAUCCAACCAUUCUAAACCUUGUCCAGUCACUGACAAUGAGGGCUGGGCAGGAGUUUACUGACAAUGGUUUUUUGAGAGAAAAAACCCACUUGCAGAGAAGGUUUAUCAGGUCCAGGAUGAGAUUUCCACAGGGAUUUGAACCUGGGUUUCUAAUAUGCCAGGAGACUGCCCUCCUCAAUGGGCUAUAUCAGGAAUUCAAACCUGGGUGUUCUACAUCCCAGAUGAAUGUUCUAAUCACUGAGCUAGAGAGUCAGUCUCUCUCGCUCCUCAUUUUGUUGGAGCUGCUCAAUUUUGUAUAAAUAAUUAAAUAUUCAUUGGCCAGACAAGGAAAGACACUGAUGGAAACAGAGAU